CGUAGGGCCCUGGGUGCUGAGAGGAUGGUGGUCCCUAGGUGAUCCAGAAGUGGUAGGAGGGUCCCGGAAUUAUGUGGGGCCCUGCGAUAGGCAUCCUCAGCUGUGAUGGCCGUCCCAGGGGGACGGGUUCUUGGCGAUAAUGCAGGAUUCCCAAAGAUGCGGGGAGGCCCCCCGGGUGCUGGGCAUCCUUGAGGUCAUGUGAGAUCCCCGCGUUAUGCGUGCGGGUUCUGGAAUGGUGAGGUUCUGGAGGUGAUGGGGAAUCGGAGGCGAUGCGGCUCCUUCGGAUUCCGGGUGACAGGCAUUCUGCAGGUGAUGGGGAAUCCUGAGGUGAUGCAGAAGCCAGGUGUAUUGCAGUCUGGAGGUGAUGGGGGGGGCAGUCUUGACUUUUGGGCAGCUGGAAGUCAGGAUUCCAGAAGUAAUGGGCUUAGAGGUAAUAGGGAUCCCAGAGAAAAUUGGGGCUCUGGAGGUAAUGAGCUGAUGGGACAUCUGGUGGUGAUGAGAGCCCAGAGGGGACAUCCUCAGGUGUGAUGGGUGUCUCUACAGUGAUGUAGGUGCCAGAGGGGAUGUGACCCUUGCAAUUUAUGGUGGUCCCCAGAAGUGAUGGGGAUCCUCAGAGCCCAGAGGGAUGAAGUCGAUUGACCUCAACAAGCCAAUUGACAAGCGGAUCUAUAAGGGCACGCAGCCCACCUGCCAUGACUUCAAUCAGUUUACUGCUGCCACGGAGACCAUCUCCUUGCUUGUGGGGUUCUCAGCCGGCCAGGUGCAAUACCUGGACCUCAUCAAGAAGGACACCAGCAAGCUAUUCAAUGAAGAGCGGCUGAUCGACAAGACCAAGGUGACAUAUCUGAAAUGGCUGCCCGAGUCGGAAAGCCUAUUUCUGGCAUCACACGCCAGCGGCCACCUGUACCUGUACAACGUCAGCCACCCCUGCGCCUCCGCGCCGCCGCAGUACAGCCUGCUGAAGCAGGGCGAGGGCUUCGCUGUCUACGCCGCCAAGAGCAAGGCGCCUCGCAACCCGCUGGCCAAGUGGGCGGUGGGCGAGGGGCCCCUCAACGAGUUCGCCUUCUCGCCCGACGGCCGGCACUUGGCCUGCGUCAGCCAGGACGGCUGCCUGCGUGUCUUCCACUUCGACUCCAUGCUCCUGCGUGGGCUCAUGAAAAGCUACUUUGGGGGCCUGCUCUGCGUGUGCUGGAGCCCCGACGGGCGCUACGUCGUCACGGGUGGCGAAGAUGACCUGGUCACCGUGUGGUCUUUCACCGAGGGCCGUGUGGUGGCCCGCGGCCAUGGCCACAAGUCCUGGGUCAACGCUGUGGCCUUUGACCCUUACACGACGAGGGCCGAGGAGGCCGCGGCAGCCCAUGGUGACGGGGAGCGGAGCGGUGAGGAGGACGAGGAGGAGGAGCCCGAGGCCCCGGGCCCGGGCGGGGGAGUCCCCCUGUCCCCCAUGCCGAAGGCCGGCUCCAUCACCUACCGCUUUGGCUCAGCCGGCCAGGACACGCAGUUCUGCCUGUGGGACCUCACCGAAGACGUGCUUUACCCACACCCGCCCUUGGCCCGCACCCGCACUCUCCCGGGCACUCCCGGCGCCACGCCCCCUGCCGCCAGCAGCUCGCGGGGUGGCGAGCCGGGCCCCGGGCCUCUGCCCCGCUCGCUGUCCCGCUCUAACAGCCUCCCGCACCCGGCGGGCAGUGGCAAGGCUGGCGGCCCAGGCGCGGCGACCGAGCCGGGCACACCGUUCAGCAUCGGCCGCUUUGCCACGCUCACGCUGCAGGAGCGGCGGGACCGGGGGGCAGAGAAGGAGCACAAGCGCUACCACAGCCUGGGCAACAUCAGCCGGGGCGGCAGCGGGGGCGGCGGCAGCGGGGACAAGCCCAGUGGUCCUGUGCCCCGCAGCCGGCUGGACCCGGCCAAGGUGCUGGGCACGGCACUGUGCCCGCGCAUCCACGAGGUGCCGCUGCUCGAGCCCCUGGUAUGCAAGAAGAUCGCCCAGGAGCGGCUGACGGUCCUCCUCUUCUUGGAGGACUGCAUCAUCACCGCCUGCCAGGAGGGCCUCAUCUGCACGUGGGCCCGGCCGGGCAAGGCGUUCCCAGACGAGGAGACCGAGGCCCAGACAGGGGAAGGAAGUUGGCCCAGGCCACCCAGCAAGUCAGUGGUAGAGGGCAUCCCGUCCCAACCAGGCAACUCCCCAAGCGGCACCGUGGUGUGAAGCCCUGGACGUUCGGAGCCCCGCCCCGCCCCCUCAGCCAGAACCCUCCCCGCUGACCUCAGAUCAACGUGUUAACAAGACUAACCAUGAUGGAUGGACUGCUCUGGCCCCCCGCCAUGCACAAAUUUGGGGGGCUGAGGGUCCCCCAGACUGGCCGAGACCCUGGGGGGAUAUAGUGGCUCAUGUGGCCUCAGCCUUGUCCCCACCCACUGCCAAGUACAAUGACCCCUUCUCUGAAACAGUGUUAGCCUCAUCCCUGUCCCCAGCAUGUGACUGGUCAUUCCAGGGGGAGAAGCUCCCCACCCACAAGAGCCUCAGCUCUACAGUGUGCCCCUGGUCUGUGGGCAGGGCAGGGGUGGCCCGCCCCUCCCCUGGUCCCACCUCCCUUGCUGUCGUUUGUGCUUUUGAAGAGUGUUAAGUUAUGGAGGCCUCUAGGGGCCUCCUUGUCCCCAGCACCUUAUUUAUACUAAAGUUCCCUGUUUUCACAGCG